UUUUUUUAGUAAUGCCCAUGUUGAGGGUUAGGCCCCCAAAAAAUGUAAAUUCUGAAACCGUAUUGGGUUUCCAUGCGAAUGUUCUGGCAAGGUUCGAAUUUGGGUUGGGGGCAAUAAAUUGUUGUGCAUAUAAAUUGCUUUUAUCCACAAUCAAUACAUACAGAUCUUCCGUGAAAAACAGCUCCACAAAAUCAAGGGGAGUAGUUAAAUUUGCUGUUUCCACCUGAAUUCUGGAUUGGGCAAUGAAUGGGGGAAGUACAGGUGCUGCAGAAUUUGUGGGCUGCCAAUCAGGUUUUGCAAGCACGUCUGGAAGGACAAUAGGGGCUCUACGGGCUUGUGUGUGAAUUCUUGGUGGCUGCUGGACAAUACUUGUGCUAGCCACCACACCAACUUGUACUGCACUUAUGGGACUUGCCACAUCUCCAAGUGAUACUGCAGUGCUGGUAUGUGAAAGACAAAGAUGUACUAG